CUCCUCAAACACCCACCGCCCAAUUCUGAAUUCCCAAUCCCAAACCAUCUCAUCUCGUAUUUUCCCAAUUCCAAAAAAUGGCGCCGAAAGCCGGAGGGGAGUUCGAAGAUCUGCUGCCGGUGAUGGCCGACAAGUUAGGCGGGGAAGGUUUGAUUAAGGAGCUCUGCAAUGGGUUCCAGCUGCUGAUGGACAAGGACAAAGGGGUGAUCACGACGGAGAGCUUGAGACGAAACGCCGCCGUUCUGGGUCUCCAGGACCUGUCGGACGGGGAGAUCGCCGGGAUGGUGAAGGAAGGGGAUAUGGACGGCGACGGCGCGUUGAAUCAGAUGGAGUUUUGCGUCCUCAUGUUCAGAUUGAGCCCCGAGUUGAUGAGUGAUUCCAGGGCUUGGCUCGAGGAAGCCAUCGAAGAGGAAUUCAGAGACGCUGCUGGAUUUUGACCCCAAAUUUUUUUUUUUUCUCACGCUAAUUCAGUCCACACUGGUCUGGUCCAUUUAUUUUUCUUUGGGUAUUGAAAUUGUGAUUCGGAAUUCUCUGUGGCUGUUGUUGGAACUUGGAAAUAUACACUGAUUGUUUGGAUAUUGAAAGCAAAUUCGUUCAAACUACAUCCAAAUUCUUUCCAAUGAUGUCUUAUUAUUUAGUAAUCUCUUGCCACGCCACACACUGCCUUUUUUCUCCAGUUUAUGAGUGAUCAAAGAUCCAGGCUAUGUUUGGAUUUUGCUAAGAUGAAACUAUAAUCGAAUUUAACGGGAAAAAAAGAAGAGAUUAAGGUGGAAAUUUGUUGAGAAGGUGUGAAGUCAAUGAUGGGUAGCCUUUACUAUUGAGUUUCCAAGAACAUUCAUGGGUGUUUCUCAAAUAUGGACAGCUACCCAACUCAACUCUAGUGGAGGAAGUUAGCCCACCGCCCCGCGGUCAAUAUCCCGAAGUCUAAUGUUGAUCAUGUAUAAUAAAUCGGUAUAUGAAAAUACAAAAAUUGACAAUAAGAACGAGUUUAGCAUAAUUUCUAAAUCAAACGGUUGAAAAACG